GCAAAGAUCAAUCCACCACAUACCAUUGAUGAUGAUGAUGAUGUUGUUGUUGACGAUGCAAGAAACGAAGCUCGAGCCAAAGCUGUCGACCCAAAACGAUCUCUCUCUUCCUUUCUCUCUCCCCCUCCCUCUCUAUAAUCAAGAGCCUUUCACUUUUGAACCAAGCAUUCACGAGACUCUCCUGAAGUUUCUGCCUUUGACAUUCACCUUUUUGCUCCUAGUAGACCUAAUCCUCCUAUCUCAUCUUUCAUGCAAGGAGAAAAACCGUGAAAAACUUCGUCUUCUCCCACUCUUUCUCCGCCACAACAAUGAAAUUUCAGUACCGUACCCCCCUGGUUGAGUUUCUGGUUACUAUUGCACGCUCUGUGAUUCUUUAUCCAUCAGAAUUUUGAUACAACGGGCGUAUCUGUUUCGGAAUAAGUAUUAUUGACACAACUUCGGUUCAAUUCAAGGGUUCGUUGUUCAUCAAGCUUUUGGAGAAGAGCUUUUUAUUCAAUGGCGGGUUCCUGCUUCCUUGCGCUUCGCCUAAGAAGGUCGAGGAGUAAGCCUAUCGGGGAGCCCUCUUCUUCAACGAGGACCAAGCUGGAUUCUGACAUGGAGAAUAUGGAGAGGAGGAGAUUUGAUAGUUUGGAAUCGUGGUCAAUGAUAUUGGACUCCGAGAAUGUGGAAACAUGGGAAGCAUCUAAAGAGGAUCAUCAAGAGGAGUGGAACGCUGAUCUUUCGCAGCUUUUCAUAGGAAACAAGUUCGCUUCUGGUGCCUAUAGCCGGAUUUACCGUGGUAUUUACAAGCAGAGAGCCGUGGCUGUUAAAAUGGUGAGGGUUCCAGUACAGGACGAGGACAAAAGAGACGUGCUAGAGAAGCAAUUUAAAUCUGAAGUGGCUUUACUUUCACGUCUCUUUCAUCCUAACAUAGUGCAGUUUAUUGCAGCUUGUAAAAAACCACCAGUGUACUGUAUCAUAACAGAAUACAUGUCGCAAGGAAAUCUGAGGAUGUAUCUGAACAAGAAAGAGCCUUACUCUUUAUCUACAGAAACAAUACUAAGGUUAGCUCUUGACAUAUCUAGGGGCAUGGAGUACCUUCAUUCACAAGGCGUGAUUCACAGAGAUUUAAAAUCAAACAACUUGCUUCUCAAUGAUGAGAUGAGGGUUAAGGUGGCUGAUUUUGGCACAUCAUGUCUUGAAACACGAUGUCGUGAGACCAAAGGAAAUAUGGGAACAUAUCGUUGGAUGGCACCAGAGAUGAUUAAGGGAAAACCUUACACUCGGAAAGUAGAUGUUUAUAGUUUUGGAAUCGUGCUUUGGGAGCUCACAACCUCUCUUCUUCCCUUCCAAGGAAUGACCCCUGUGCAAGCUGCCUUUGCUGUGGCAGACAAGAACGAAAGGCCUCCAUUACCAGCAAGUUGUCAGCCUGCAUUAGCACAUCUGAUAAAGCGAUGCUGGUCAGCAAACCCUUCAAAGAGACCAGAUUUCUCUGACAUUGUGUCUGCCUUGGAGAAGUACGAUGAGUGUGUUAAGGAGGGCCUACCUCUUACUCAUCAUUCGGGUCUUGUCUCUCGAAAUGCUAUCAUUGAACGCUUAAAAGGUUGUGCUUCCAUCAUUUCCUCCUCUAUACCUGUACAUGCCUGAUUCCCCACUUUUCCUCUACCAGCUGUACUACUUACUCCUCCACUGUUGUCCCUCCACUUUAUAUUAUAUCUUUCAUAUUUUUAAGCUCAUAUCAUAUGUAUAUGUGUGUUUAUUACCUUCAUCUUUAUAGCCCCAUCAUGGGUUUUCCAUACAUGCUUGAUGUUCUUUAUUAACUGUACUGUGCAACUCUUCAGAAAAUUACAAGCUCCAACGAUGACUGAUAAAGAUAUUACAAUGA